GUCCACUACGCUAUACGCUUCAGACUGGGCCUUAAAUUUGAGGAUUGAUUUGAGAAGUUUUUCGCAACUGUGUUGUUUGUGUAGCAUAAUGAUAAUAGUCUUCCACUGGAACAAACAUGGCGCAAGAAAUGUUUGUGACAGGGUUUCUAACGCCGUUAAAGAGGCCAAAGAGCUCUUCCAUUCUACGUUUACCGUCUGCAACUACCACGUAAGAAUCAUUCAAGGUAAACUGGAUCGUUUGAGCAGACGUUCGUCCGCUGGUUGCGUGGCAGCUGCGUUCAUAAAGAUCUGGGUCAUGUUUGUGGUGGCGGCCAUUGUUUUAAAUUGCGUCUGGGUGACGAUUGGAAAUUUAUUCAUUAUAUGCACCUGCCUCUUCUGUUCAGUUGUGAUGGUCAUCUUUGGAGACAUAAGGAAAAUCCUGAUGAAUCUAGAUGCUUUGCUCCAGAAUAAACCGAUUUCCUUCGGCAAGAUUUUUAUGGGAUUGAGCGACGGUAGGAUAUGCAACCGACUGCCAAUUGAUUAUUUAGGAGUGACAGACCACCUGACCGCACUAACAUCUUGACUGGCUCCCUGACGGUCUAAGCGACCAAUCGACUUACUAACUGCAUGACUGACCCACUGACUGGUGGAUUUUGUGGGUAAGUGACUGGCCAGACAAGCCACCAGUCGACUGAAUGACUUAAUGACUGGUUGGCUGAUCCACUCAUUGAGAGACUGAACGACUGGUUGUCUGACUGUGCUGGUAAACUGACUAACACAAUGAGAGACUGACUGAAUACUUUUCCAUUUGAUGAGUGACUAACUAACUGAAACCUCGAUGAGGAUUCUUUAAAGAGCUUAUCACCUUCAUUUCUUUCAAUCUUUGUUCACUUUUUUUAUUUCCUUCAUUUUCCACAUUCCCGUAGUUAUUGUACGGUGUGAUAGAGAUUAGUUGCGGAAGGCAUUGUAACUAGCUCAGGGGUUAUCACACGGAUCCCCAAAUCAAGGGAUUCUAGGAUGAGUAUCAACAAAGUUCUAGUUGCUAAAUGUUAUUUGAUCUCUCUUUGAAAUUAUUACCCACUCAGAAGUUGUGACCUCUUUUCAAACCCUUUUCUUUGCAGCUGGUGGUGAGUCCUUUCCUUACUUUUGGCAGUUCAAAGAAGAAGAUUCCUAUUUGUGGAAGAACUUCGGCCCUUCUGACGAUGUGGCUUUGGAAAAGCUCUACUGUGACGUGAAUUAUCUGCAAGUUACAUUGAACCUUACCGAUACUGUGUUGAGGUAAGUCACUGAGGUUAGACAGGAAGAGCAAGAGUGAGAAUCUCACUGUUUAUAAUGAGAUAACAGUUUUGAGUUGAGCUAUGGGGAAUGCAAGAAUUGCGAUAACAGGAUUCCGCAUGUAUCAUUUAUCAGCAUGCAACAAUGAUAAUUGGUGAACGUUGAUAUUGAACGGCUUUGAAAUGUUAUUAUUUAACCAUGAAAAAGUCAAAAUUUUGAACAAAAAUUCUUUCAGUCGGGUUCUAAACUUAAGAAGGUUUGAUCUUGUACUCUGAUAUUCCAGGUAAGAGUAGUUCCUGAGAUGGUCUGUCCUUAGCAGCGACAAAUGUUUCAACAACCUGAGCGCUUAAAGCGGUUCUUUGACUCUGAUAAUGUUCUUCCUAGAGUUAGGUGAAGACUUCCACCAAUUUGUCUAAAUUUUAUUAGCUACAAAUGACAACAGUCCUCUUUAGGAUUACUCUGCAGCGGAUAAUCAGAAGAUACAUACGAAUUUUUUCUUAGGGGUCAAACCAUCUAUUUAUAAGAGGUUCAUCAAAGUAAUGGAAAGAUUAUGCAAGAGCUCAUUUCUAGAAACGUAUUUCAACACCAUAAUGUUUGAUAGAAUAUGACUUGUAUUUAUUUAUUUGAGUGGAAAUAUUUCGGCUAAAUCGCUCGGCCCUCACCAGUUUUUUGAACUGUUAGUGGUUGUACAACAUUGAACUACGUAACCAAUUGCUCAAAGCGACGCCAUACUGCUCAAUGUUGUGAAAUCACAAACUCUCCAACAGAUUAAAGAGCGAUUCAGCCGAAAUAUUCCAACGGGGUUUAAUAAGUUCCGGUUAGCUUUUUUUUGUAUCUCAUGUCUUCGCUGCGUGAAAGUAACAUGUUUGUUUCUUUUUCAACACUGUCUCACCUCGAGGCCCAGGCAAAUUAUUUUUCAUUAUCUUUAUCAUAAUUUGAAACGAUCGCUCCGUUGUCGUUGGGGUAAUACCGUUUUUUCUUCUUCUUCCUAGUGCGUCAUCAUCACAGGUGACAGUUCAUUUCGAGGAGAUGUCCAUGCGCUCGCCCCCCUCUGCCCAGUUCUUGCUCCGUCGAUGCUCAACACCAUCUUACAUACAGGAGCCAAACAACAAGUCAUCCACACAGUGGGUCUGGUAUUGGGCAGACAACGAUGGUUGGAAGAAAUACACUGAAACGAUGGUAAGUAACAGUCGGGCGAAAUAUCCUGUUAUAGUAUUAUUCGAGUGGCUUUACCGUCAUUUUGUUUCUCAGUUGGGCCAGGAGGGUUUUUCAUAACAAAAUGCUUGUACUUGAAAAUUGGCGAAAGUCUUUGUUUGAUAGGGUCUGAUCGUGUGGUCUGAUCUUCAAGUGGUCCCUCAAAAGGACUGUACAUAAAACAACCAUAACACUAUGGCCACUGGCUUCUUGCUAAUGGGAUAAAAAUUGGGAUACUGGCUGGGCAACUGACCUCUUGUUAAAGUGUGCUAAUGCAAUUAAUAAGUCAAUAAAUAACAGGGUUAAAUGAUAUUUAUGCAUGUGGCAUUAAGUUGUUUGCAAACUGAACCAGAGUCAAGACAGACCUAGAGUUCUUUAUCUACUCUUUUAGCAGUCGUCUGGGACAAAGCAAGAACAGAUAGAGGCUGCCUAUUUAAAUGGAGAAGGCUUCUAUCCCUUUCGAAGCGGUUCUCACAAUUACAUUCUCACAUUCUACGAAACGCCUAUGCACCAGAUAAAUAUCGACCCAAACCUCCAGACCAGGCGGUUCGUAAGAAGAAGACCUGUGUUUGUUUCAAAACCAGCUUAUCGCGCCACAAAGAGGUAAGUGAACGUGGAUUGUGCUGUUGCUAUUAUCACUUACUAAUAUAUAUGCAAUCAGAGAUAGAGGGACUCGCUUGGCUCAAUUAACUUGAAGCGUUGCAGUCAUGAUUGUAAUCUGAUGUAAGGGGUUUUGGGACUCGUUGAGUGGUAAGGUCAUCACCAUCAGGUAAUGAGCCUGCAUACCUGUUAAACAUUACGAUUUAAGGUUUCCUAAAGGAAUACAUCUGCGUCCUCUCAUCUCAAUCUUAAGCGUAUGGCCUUUCGUGUUCCUCUAAUAUGUUCCGUUUUUAUUACAAUUCUAGUUAUCUGAGAGGCAAGGCUAUAGAUUUUGAACGGACUCGUUUGAAAGAGAACUGCGGAGAAUACCAAGUUGCGAGUCAAUUUUUUCACGAAACAAUACCAGAAGACCAGGCUUCCAUAGUGAUGGUGGAAGAAAUUUGGAACAAAGAGUUACAUGAGAGAUACGAAAGGUGAACUUAUAAAACGGUUAAUAUUGUAUAUAGAGAGGGAUAAUGUGCGCGGAACUUGCAAAGGACGACUACACAUCAUAUAUCUGAAGCUGACUUCACAUUGAUUUAGUUUUUUGUUAUGUUUUAAUUACAUCUAAGUGAAGUUUGGUCCCUUAAAAUCGGAGCUUUACAAAAACUGUAAAAAAAAGUAAGAAAAUGAAAAAAAAACCCCAAGGAUGGAAAAAAAUAAUUUUUUUUUAAAAUCAGUGACGUCAAAAAGCCGUGUGAUCUUUUUCACACUGCCCUGCGAAGCAUUCUGCAUACUGUAUGCUUUGGACCAAGGAAGUGCUUUUUGAACAUAUCACUCUUUUAAUGAUUACAAGUAAAAUUGCCGCAAAACGAAAGCGCAUUGAUUGCAUGGACAAAUUUCUUGCUUUAGAUUUCGGAGCCAAGGUUCAGUUUUCCAAUUUUUCCUAAUUAUUUUAUACGGGGCUCAAAAAUUAAACAGACCACUUUUAUCUGUUGCCGAUGAUGAUCUGGUAUAAAACAGCGAACAAUGAAGAUGGCCUUAAGUAAUUAUAGUUUUCUCAACUGAGUAUAUGAUCUGUGCUGUUUGAGCACGCGCCUUGGAAUUAAAUAGCCCCUCAACCUUUUGCAUUGUAAACGUUCAUUUAUUAACCCUUCUUUAAUCGUUUCUUCAUCUAGUAAGCGGAAAAGAAUCAAAAGGAAACUGAAAGCAAAAGGGUACGGUCAGAUAGAAAAGUUGCUAUUCCAUGGUACUUCAUCAGAUGUCGUUGAUGCCAUCUGCAAGCAGAACUUUGAUCACAGAUUGCGAGGAAAGCAUGGGACAAAGUAUGGAAAGGGGAGCUAUUUUGCUGUAGACGCUUCCUACAGUAAUAACUACAGCGGUCUAGGUGGGGAUAAGACGAGAUUCAUGUUUCUAGCAAAAGUUUUGACGGGGGAAUCCAAGCUUGGAAUGCCAGAUUUUCGUCGACCACCUCUGAAAGAUCUAAGCGAUCCUGCCAGCGAUUUGUACGAUUCUUGCGUCGACGACGAAAAUCAACCAAAGAUCUUUGUCAUAUUUAAUGACGAACAAUGCUAUCCUUCCUAUCUAAUUCAAUAUCAGCUGUUAUAGUUUUUAGUAUCAAAGUCAGAUGAAUCAAACUACAGAAGAAAGUCAGUCACAAGUACAUUAACCCGAUCAUCUCCAAGGCGAUCGUCAUAUAAAAUUCCAUCGAGUUUAGUAAAAAAAUGUAUCACUUAGCCAGAAAAUAAGUAAAGAAAAACUUUUAUCGUUGUAGCUGUUAAAGUCAGGUAAAUCAAACUAGGGAAGGUCGGCCACAAGUGCGUUAACCUGAUCAGUUACAGGUAGAUCAUAAAAUGAAGUCCAUUGAAAGAAAUAAAAAAUUUUUUAAUGAAGAAUAAGUAAGUAAGUAAAAACAAUAUGCACAAAAUAGAGAAAACAGGUGAGAAUACAAGUCUAACGUACUAUAAAGGUCUCACAAAGUGCUUUGGAGAGAAAAGUAUAGCGAUCAAGAGAGACUUUGUUACUGUCUAGAUAUUGAUUCUCGCGCAUGUCAAAAGAUCUACAACACACGUGCUGAAAUUUGUCAGCAUAAUGCUAUUUUGGACUAACCAUCGUCAAAAUUUCUUAGGGAUAAAUUGACAUAACUUUUUCAUUCCUUAAAAGAAAGAAUACUUAAGAGUAGAAAGUAGAUUAAAGGCUCCAAAUAAGGUUUUCAGUCAAUAAGCUGGGCGGCGGUGUAGUCAUAGGGAUGUUUGUUGUGUUAUCAUUGCGAUCAAAUGUAAUCGUUCCGGAAGUUUAGUAAUUGUUGUUGAUAGUAAUAUUUCACUGUCAAUAUUACUCUGAUUUGAUGUUUUAUGUACCUGCAGAAUGGAUGUCGUAAGUUAAGGUCCAAGACCAUGCAGAAAAUUCAAAUUACUAUUUGCGGGUGUAUAUUUGCUUGCAGGUAUGAUAACCCACAGUGCGCUGCUAUGCUUUGUGUACCGUUUUUCAUUACCAGGUCAAGUGCCUCAGCUCUGUCUGAGAAAACAAAUAAUGAGUAAUUCUAAGAAACGACUGAAAUCGGCUAAUAUGUAAAAACACUUUUUGCCCCCCUCCCCCCAAAAGAUUGAAACGAAAAUACCCUGUACGUGUGUUUUCGUUGCAC